CGACCGUGUGGUAAAGCGCCAUUGCUUACAUGGUUACACAUGUUGGUCGGAGGUCUAAGGAGAGAUGGGCAUGCUUUGCAUGAAGUACUCGUAGCUCAUUCGAAGCUCUUCAGGUUGGUUGACAAACAAGCUUGAUGGAGAAUGCUAACGCUACCCCCGGCGUACCGCGCGACAACAGCAUCGUCGUGCUUUACCGUGAGACAGACUGGAUCGGGCGCCCCACCGACCUCAAGGACACUGAAGAGUACGAGCACUCGAUACAACGCAGCCGCCGCAACCGCAUCAUCAUGAUCGCGACGGCCGCCCUUGUCAUUGUUGGCGUCGCUAUCGGUGUCAUCGCCGGCACCACUGGCACCGACGAAGCGUCCGUGUCUUCUGGCGAGAGUGCAGCCACCGUUCCCACGCCGUCGCGCCCAUCGACCCCCACCGCCGCGGCCGACGCCGUCGUCCCACCCAGUCCUUUGGUGAACAACUUGCCGGCGCCUGUUGUGAAUGCCACGUGGAACGCCACGACUAGCGCCGAAGUCCUCGUUGGAAGCAACGGCGUCGAAAUCGUCAAUGCCACGCUGGACGCUUCCACCGUAACACCUGAACCCACCACCACCACGACUACUACCCCUGAAGGUAGGGGCACUACCCCUGAAACUACAACCACGACCCCUGCACCUACAACCACGACCCCUGCACCUACAACCACGACUCCUGCACCUACAACCACGACGCCUGCACCCACGACGACCACCGCCACUCCGCCACCUCCUCCAACCACAACCCGCGCCCCGCCAGCCCCCGCACCCCUUAGCCCCGGUCAGAUCCGGUACGUGAACAACUGCGACAAAACGUACAAGCUAUGGAAGAGCCAUCGCGAACUGGCCACGCUCAAACCUGGCGACUCGUACGACACCCAGGGCACGGCCGACGUGUCCGCCGCGUACUACCUGUCGGACGACGGGUCUGGGAAUGCGUCGUUGUUUGAAAACCACUUUGAAGGGGGCAAUUUUUGGUACGAUCUGAGCAUCAUCCCCGUCGGGUGUGGCUCGUCGUGGGACUCGUGCAAUGGCAAACCUAAGAGCUUCAACCUGCCUGUGAGCGUCCGCGUGUCCGACCCGCGUGAGAACUGCAAACACUUGACGUGCGCAUCUCCGUCGUGCACGGACGCGUACUUUGUGCCUAAUGACAAGCAGACUUGGGUGUGCCCUGGCAGUGUCUCGAUGACCGUCGCGUUUUGUUAAGAAUAGUACACGUUUUGUUAAGAAUACUUACAGAGUUGGCCCAUCAUGGUUGUUGAAG